AUGAGACUGCCGUCGGAAACCCCUUUGAUCUUACCGAAAUAUUAUGACUUCCUUUCUAAUCGGCAAGGAUUAAUGGAAUUUCGGAUGAGUUCGAAUCCUCACGCAGAUGUUCCCUCAGAUGAAGUCCGAAUCUCGGGGUUGGACCCAAAGGACAAGCUGGACAUCGUAGCUUCAGACAACUUCAGACACAAAUUCCGUAACAGGCGUAUGUUUCCCGCCUUCAAAGUCCGAGUUAUGGGGCUUGACAAAAAGGCCAAAUACAUCCUUCUUAUGGACAUCGUAGCUGCAGAUGAAUGCCGCUAUAAAUUCCAUAACAGCCGGUGGAUGGUGGCAGGGAAGGCUGAUCCUGAGAUGCCAAAGAGGAUGUACAUCCACCCAGAUUCCCCGUCGACGGGAGAGCAAUGGAUGCAGAAGGUGGUAUCAUUCCACAAACUCAAGUUGACAAAUAACAUCUCGGACAAGCAUGGAUUUGUGAGUACCUCUUGA